GGGGUCCUGAGGCAGGAGAGAGCCCGGGCCAGCUCGAGCCGCCCAAGCUUGGACGACCAGAGAGGGCGCCGAGAGGACGGCUUUGGGGGCGAGGCAGUGAGGGAAACCGCGGUGGACCGCUGCAACGUGAAGUGUAGGAUGUUGGCAACUUUCGGGACCCGCAUGAGGUUUGGGUAUCAGAGUGGGUGGAGAAGCCCUGGGAGACAGACUGGAGGGCUGGACGGAGAAAGCACCCUGCAAGCCGUGAGGAACACCCCAUCUUUCCGGGUCCUGGGCUGGCAGCCAAGGCUAGGAGACCAGGGACGAGACCAGCGGACCGUUACGGCGAGGCCCCUAGGUGGACCCGGCCAACCGUGUGCAAAGGGGCUGCGGGAGGGCGGUGUCGCCGCGUGAGGACCGUCCUCGGCAGUGCAGGGAUGGGCGGAGAGAUGAACAGUCCCGAGAAGUAUUAUGGGCUGCACUGGGGGAUUUGGAGGGCCGGGGAGGGCGGUAUGAGGACCGCGGGCGGCGACACGGCUAAGGCGGCGCCGAAAGCAGCAGCAUCCGCAACGCGUCCACCCGCCCAGUCCCGGUUUGUUCAGUCAGAGCAGCAGCAGCCGGGCGUACGGGGAGGGAAGGGGAGAAGGAGCCUUUACCUGGCUCUGCCGCGACCGGUCCCAGGCCCAAGGUUCCGCUUCCCACUUAGCGUUCUCCUCCCCGCCACCCUCUUCUACGCAGUUCGGCCCCCCAGUUCCCUAAGGAGACUCCGCCAACUCCGCAAGACCCCGCCGGGAAGCUGAACCCACCCCUUUGCCAAUCACCGCCCGCCUAAUAGCGACUGACGGGGACUAUAGCCAAUAGGAACAACUGAUCCAUAGACGCCAGGAGUAGAGGCGGGGCUGACGAAACUUAGAGGUGUGGCGAACACUAGCUGCCUAGGCGCAGUCCUAGAGUGAGCUCCUCCCCGGCCUGUGGAAGCCUAAAGUAAAGCUGAUGGGCGGGAUAAAAUGGAAGCGACAGCCAAACACAAACUCUCAAGAGAAGACGGGACCAAUCGGACCGGGAAAGGGAGGAGGGAAGUUCAGCCAAUAAAUAGUAGAGAACGGCCUGGACCUUAGUGUAUCCACCAAUAAGAAACUCGGGGUGUGUCUUCCAAGUUCACAGGGGGGAGGGUUUAAGCCGAGCAGAUGCUGGCCAAUGAUCUUAGGGGCUGAGCUAAUAUUAACCAAUCAGAGAGCCGAUCUGAUAUCGGCACCGUUACUGGGGCGUGGCCUCUGAGCUCACGUCAGGAGAAGGCCCUUGGCCUUCCAAUGUGGGUCUGGGGCAAAUUCUAGUCCUCCCAAUCCCUGCUCGGCGCAGGCAAUUCAAACUGACAGCGGGUUAGAAAAAGCAGAGAAAGCGGAAGAAAGAGCAAAACCCGGCGUGUUCGCUGACUGACUGCAGCGCGAACUGAGCCUAUUCCGAGGCUUCUCCCCUCCACCUCGCUACACCGCUGCUCACUUCGGAGCGACCGCUGUGGAAGAGACCUUACGGGUUACGGGCCGCAAGUGCGAGAGCUCGGCCGGGAGAGGACGCCGAGAGCCGUGGUGCAAGGGAGAAAGCCCACGGGCGAGCUCCGAGAAGAGGGAGCGGGACGGGGCCAGAGCCCGCGUGGAAAGGGCUGAGGGGCGUUGAAUCCUACGAAGAAGCCGCGUGGAGCUGAGCAAGAAUUGGAGCGCUCUGCGGGCGGAGCUCGCGCUGGGAGUGGUCAGAGAGGCGAGGCUUUAAAGGGAAGAAGCCCGCUGGGAACUGGGAAAUCGCCCAAUUCCGGAGCCGGGGUCGGAGCUGAAGAGUAGAAGAUUCUUGAAGACCAGAGAAAGUUAAACCUGUUGCGGAAGUUUCCCUUCAACUCCACUUGUCUCUCCCCACCUUGAACUCCAUUUCCCUUCCCUCCCCAAGUCAAAAGGAAGUAAAAUUUGCUCUUCCUACUCAAUAAAUACUAAGUUUCCCUUUCCACCAGGAAAAUAGGACUCUCUUCCCAGUUUUAGAGCGUAGAGAACGAGAGGCCUUCCGUCUUGAUUGUUAGCCUGAGGAAAUCAAAGUUUCCCCUUUCAAAAUUCUGCACCUCUUUCAACGUGGGACGCUAUGUCUACCAACAACUGUACUUUCAAAGACCGAUGCGUAUCCAUCCUGUGUUGCAAAUUCUGUAAACAAGUUCUCAGCUCUAGGGGAAUGAAGGCUGUUUUGCUGGCUGAUACUGACAUAGACCUUUUCUCUACAGACAUCCCUCCUACCAACACAGUGGAUUUCAUUGGAAGAUGCUAUUUCACAGGAAUCUGCAAAUGUAAACUGAAGGACAUCGCAUGUUUGAAAUGGUGUAAACCUCCUACUUUGGGGCAAUUUGCCAGAGACAGAAGAAUGUACAGAUGA